CAGAUCAGUGUUAGAUAUUUGUUUACUCCAAUGUAUUGGCGUCUUCUCAUUAUCUAAAUAUGACCAUUUUGCACCUUCUCUUUCAUAUACUAACCGAACAUCUUGAGAUAACUCAGCGUACGAUCUGCUUUGAACGCCGUCGUGUAAACAUGAGCUGCGACUACUAGCGGCGUGAAGACGAACUGUGAGUGGGACGCAAGAUGGACGCAAACUUCUGACUUUCUGUUUCUUUUUCGUUUCGUUUUGACUCGCGCGAGCUUCUCUCCUGGAAACCGAAGGCAGUAGAAAGCGCGCGCUGUCGAGUGAAUCCGAAUCCCGGUUAGAAUUUCAAUUCGGUUUCAAACGACCGUUUAUUUCAAACCGACUCGCUGGCAGCCGUUCGUUUUCACAGCCCAGCCUUUGCUGUCUUUAUGCGGAUUCGCUUCCUGGUUGCAACACAGUCACAUAGUACAAUUCAAGUCCUCCAAAACGCAGUUCAACCCGAGAGACCAGUCGUAGACAAAUAUAAUUCUCUUUAGAGCUUCCAGCGAACACUUCACCAAGAAUUAACUGAAAAUAUACUAUCGUUUUAUUCGGUCAGCAGGAAUGUCGUGAACCGCCGAGGAUUAGAAAUAUCUAAAAUAUCGAGUGCAAAGCGAGAACCUGUGAUCUAUGCCUCGUCUUCAUGGAGAAUGAGACUAAACGACCAACAGAAGGUCUCCUGGAGCCUGUUCAACUAGGCUCAGUAACCUUUACCGAAAGUAUUCUAGCUCCGCUUCAUAACAACUAUUUGUAUAAAGAAUCAAAAGAAUUUUUUACAUACAACUCAGCCCAUUUGAUCAACAAUCCUGCUUCACAACAACGGUAUGCUGCAUUUCGCUCUGAGAAACGAGAAAAAGGAUACUCUGAACAGGAACUUGAAGAGUCAUUUGGCUUCCUGUUACUUGAUGAUAUUAACAGGGCAAGGAAAGUUGGUGAAACAGGCUUGUUGGUUGGGCGAGCGAAAUGCUCCACCCUUGGAGACUCCUUGAAAGGUGUCUACAUUUCAAAAUACUCUGACUGCCUUGACCUGAAGCGGUGGUAUGAUGGCAAGACUGGCUACAUAGUGCUUUUGAAGCUCACCAAGGGCAAAGUGAAAGAGGUCAAAGACAACUACACCCAGAAUUUCACUCCUCCAACACCUGGCUUUGACUGCCAUGUAUCAGAGCAGCUUGGUGCAGUAUCUUCAACUACCAGUUCUUUCUUGGCGUUUGAGCGAACACAGUACUACUUUUAUGAGAUCUGUAAGGGAAGCAGUAAAACAGAAGCCUGUCCGAGACAUGCGUGUCCUUUUGCCAUUGUAGCAUUUUCUUAUGGGAAGAUGAGCACCUCUACAGAGUUGGAGCAAAAGAGCCAAGACAAAACAGUGUUUCAUUACAAGCCAUGGAUUGGCCAAUUUAAGAUUGAAUCCAAUGUUUAUGAUGUUGGCCUUCAGUCCACAAGCGGAGCUUGGUUUCCUACAAAACUCCCCAAGACAGUUAAAAUUGACCAUGCAAUUGGUGUGUCUGAACUCAAGAGGACCUUGCCGCGAGAAAUCUUUGAAACUUGCAUUGUGGGUGAAGUUUGCAUAGGUGGCAGAUGUUUCAACUUGUAUGACGUUGUGUCCUCUAAGGCGAAAAAUGAUCUUGCCCAAAUAGCCCAAGAGCUAAAGGAAAAAGACAUGGCUCUUGUAAUACCACUGGAAGAUUCUGGGUUCCUUAUUUUGCUACACUCUUCACACCUUUUCUCUUUUGAAGAUGCAAAGUCGGGUAAAGCAGAAGCACUUCAAGGCAUGUUUAUUUUCCCAGACUCAAGAACUGUACCAAAAGAUACCAAGACUGGUUUGCAAAACACUAAGGUGUCAACAGAAAUAAUGCAAGUCAUUCCAGCACUCAACUAUGCAGAAAUGGAGAUGGAAAAAUCUACUCAAAACCAGCAUGGGACUUCUCAGGCUCCUUUAGAAAAGCAUUUACAAGACUAUGGUACACUUUUUCACACAGAACCAUUGGACAUUCCCACCAGGGAAGCCAGUAUGUUUCCAGACCAAUAUGAUGUGCCUGGUGGUUUUACUCUAAUAUCGCCUAAAUGGACAAAGGAAACUGGCACUCGAUUAAAAUCAUAUUUUGAUGAGCCUUGUGGCUUUACGAUUCCUGUAGUGAGGGCAUUGGAGUUGCUCACUACAGGUCGAAAGCAGCGUGGAGAUGAUCAUGAUGAUGAUGUUUAUUACUAUAUAUCAUCACCUGAGGAGAUGCCACAGACUGAUGCCUUCAUUGAAACGGAGGUGACAAAACUAACAGAGGCUACCAGUGACGCCUCUGACAGGACCAUUAAUAAACUUGAUAGAGAAAAAGAUGAGCACGCUCAUUCGUCUACAGAACAACUUCAACCUGCUGUUUCAGAGAGGCUUGGGAAAUUGGGAACGGCUGUAGUUACAGCCGACAUUGUGUUAGAGUAUCCAACUUCCACAGUGUCACCCAAAUUGGGCGAUGUCCCUACAGACAAUUCUGUAAGUAUUGACACCAAUGUUGAGAAAAUAUCUAAAGGCAGUAAUAAAGGAGAUACUGAUGGAGUUUGUGUAGAUUUGUCUACAAAAAAGACUCCCAUCCAGAAUAGCACUACACCAUUAAAUACAUCUGCAGCAGAAGGUGAUACUGCUGUAGAUGGGGGGAUGGAAGAUAAUAAACAAACAGAGAAAACAGUGGCUGAUCCUAAAAAGAGAGUAAAUCGCAGACCCUUUUCAGUGCGUAAAGUGAACUCCACUGAAGUCCCUACAAAAGGCAAGACUCAGACUGAGACUCUGCACGCUGAUGACACCAAUCAGAGACCACAUUCGACUAGGAGCGGGAAAGGAUACAAGAAAGAUUUUGUUAAACAAAAUAUCAGUAAAGCCAGACAGGACAAGAACCAGGAUUCUUUAUUAAAUGUGUCAACUGAAUCAGCAAGUGAUCAGAGUAUAAAAGAUGAGACAAGUCUUUCAAAAAACAACUGGCGGUCUCUUCCAAGGCGUAAAAGAUUGUGGAGUCCUGAUGCCACUCUGAAACGUUCUUUAAGAUCAAAUACUGCAAAGAAUGAAAAUGAGUCUAUAGCAGACCCUCACCAUGAUGACACAAAGAGAAGUCUGCCUAGUGUUCCAAAGAGGAAGAUGGAAGGAUGUAACUUGAGGGAACGAUAUGGUCUAAAGACCAUAAUCACAAACUGUGGCAGAGUCUUUGUUCCACACGGUUCAGAUGUUGACGGAAAGUCUGCAAAUAAGAGGCAAAAUGAUAAAAUGCAAGAUGAAAGUGACACAAAAUCUAAAACAGUUUCUCCUGUGGAGAACAAGUCCAUAGAAAUGGUGGAAAGUAAAGAAGAAUCUCCCUCAUCUGAGAAGGUAGAAUUGCCCUCUAAAGAUCCAGUGGUCAAUGAUGAUGAAGACCCAAAGGACAGCCCUUCAACUGAAAUGCCAAGUGCUCUCUUGUCAGCAUUAAAGAUUUUGAGAAAACUUCACCAAAACAACCCAUUAGAACUUGACAAACGUCAAAAUCCAUUUCCAGAAAAAUCUAUGAAUACUACGUCAAAUGAGACCAUAGGCCUCCAACAAACAAAUAAAGACAAUCCAGUUGCUGUUCAAGAAGAUGCUACUUCCAGUCCUCCCAAUGUUUCUGAACAAUCCAAGGACUCGGAUCCUAAAGUUUCCUCCCCUGACAAAAACAAGAAGAAAACAAAACACACUGUGUACAGUGCAAUAUCUAUAAGCAAAUUAAAAACUGUACUCCGAAGGGGAAACCAGGUGAAAUCUACUUCCCCCAGCGAUGGUGCAAAGUCUGAAGCAGAUAACCCAGAAUCAAAAAGGCAAAAGUUGAACUCUGCCGGGGGUCUGCUGUAUGAUAUUGCCAAGAAUAAGUUGAAAAACAAAAUGUCACAACCCAGGAAUGAUGAGGCACAACAUACGCCAAUGAAAACUGUGGACUUAACCAAACAAGCAGUGUCUUGGAGAGGUCUUAUUUCCAAGACCCAAAAAGAAAAUGGGUCCCUCAAUUUUGACCCAUCAGCAUCUUUUGAAAUAGCUAAACACACUGAACAGCAGCUCAUAUCAUCGCUUAUUGGGGAUAGGGUGGGAAGGAGAAGAAUUAGCAUUGAUGGCAAAGCCAGCACAGAGAGACUGAGCACAGGUCCAUCUCUGCCCUCAGAUGCUCUGAGUUUACUGGCUGACUUGGCUCUUGGUUCAAGUAAUGAUAAAAUGUUAACAAACCUAGAAGCCAAAACUGGCCUGGAAGCCAUUGAUGUAGUCAAGGCUAGUGGCUCCCCUGAGUCAGUCCUUCAUGCUCUGCUUCGUUGUCCAUCUGCCAGGUUUAAGUUACCCCCCAGGUCUCCUUUUCCAGAAAGUCUGUUAGCGACUGGGGAACUAAUUUUGGAAAUCUCAAAAGAGCAUUCUUACUCACAGUCCACCUCUUCGCUGUCAGGUCCGUCAUCUCAAGUUUCUUCGCUAUCUGGAUGUGUAGAAUCACCACUUUCAUUGAAAAGUGGGCUUCUUCUUAACAUGCCCAAAGAUUGUGUGGUUCCAUUUCAUCAAGAGGACAGAGGCAAAACGGAGUGGAAGCAUCUGAUUUCUCCAAAUAAGCCAGUGCCAUCGGUCUUCAAGACAAAAACUAGACGACCAAAAAUUUUACGCAACAGAUGCAUCAUUGAAAAAGAGGGAAAGAUUGAAGUGAUGAGGACUUGGAAAGAAGCGUAUGAUUUUAAAUAUGACAGCAAGUUCACCAAUGACAGUCUAGACAAAACUGUCUCACGAGCACUUCAUGGGAAAUGGAACUUCAAUAUUGAAGACACCUUUGAGGAUGUUCAUCUCAUUUUUCACAUGUGGAUUGGUCUUUUCUAUAGUAAAUCCACUUCCAGAUUAUUUCACCUUGAAAAUAGUACUAUACUUCCAAAGGGGAAGGAUAUAGAAAAGGUCCAUCUGGAUAAAAAUGCCAUUCAGAGUGCGGUGUCAUUGCUCAAUGUUGAGUUAAACACGAAAGAAGGCUCGCCCAAGCCUGCACAUCUGUCAUCAGGGGUUUUAGAUCUAUCUGUGAAAAAUGGUGAGCCCGUGACUCCCUGUUCAAUCUCAGAUCAAAGCAGAACAAAGGACACCGCAUCAGAGCCUGUGGGAAUAUCAUCUAAAAAACAUGAAACGCCAACAAAGCAUUCAUCUGCUGGGACAAGUGGCUCCCCAAGUCAAGUUGAAGCCUUGAUGAAUUACAGAUCGGCUGUUGACACGCCACAGGAAAAGUCAGUGCCUGACAGUGACACGGACACUGAUGAAGAAAAUGAUAUCGCCACUGACCACUCCUAUUCUCAGAUUAUGGAAGGAAACAGUGCGUACACCCAGUUGUGUGAUCAAGCAUCAAAUAUGAGAAUAGGUGUCCGGAUACAUCUGCCAAAGAUCAGAAGCGUUUCAAAUAACAAAGCAUCCACUUCGGAUCCUAAAAAAAUCUGUGUGUUCCAUCAAGUACUUAAACCGGCAGAAUUCUCAAGUCCAAGUCGGCUGAUUUUGGGACAGAAACAUUUUGAUUUAAGUUUAAAUAACAAAACUGACCAUGCAACACAGCAAAAGAAAGAUGUGUCUGACAGUUCAGACAGUAAAGGGAUUUUUAGAUCACAUGGAAUGAAAGAAGGUUGCCCAAAAAAUAUGGCUGACGGAAAUCUUGACAAGACUUCAGAAUUUAAAACUGGAGACACAGCCUCUGUUUCUUUACAAAAACAGAGUCCAUCUGCAACUGCAGAGAUUGAAAAGGUCUCUGAUGAAGAUAUCCUGAAUGAACCUCUGACGAUUGUGGAAAACAUGACUUCUGAAAUGCCUAACCAAAUUCAGACUAGUGCUACAAAGCAUAAAGAGGCUGCACAAGAUCUCAAAGUUUAUGCAUAUAAGGUUGAUGACCCGAGAGAUGCUUCAACACUUGAGACAAGCAUUGAAGAGCAUAAUGAGACAUCAGAUGCAAAUGAUGAGCUAGAUUACACAAAUGUUGAUGAGUUGAGUGAUAUUUCAUCAGAUGAGACAAGAGUUGAAGAGCAUAACGAGACUUCUAGUGCAAAGGAAGAUCUUAAACCUGUACUUGAUCAGAAUGAUCGCGCAAAUACAGAGGAUAACCAGAAAGUUGCUUCAUCAAAUGAGACAAGUGUUGAAGAGCAUUUGACAGAGAGCACAAAUGCUGUUGACCAUGCUGACGAGCAAAGAGAUGUUUCAUCAGAUGAGACCGGAGCUGAAGAGCAUAAUGAGACUGCUAGUGCAAGGGAAGAUCUUAAGCUUGUGCAUGAGCAGAAUGAUCACACAAAUACGGAUGAUGACCUGAAAGAUGCCUCAACACAUAAGAUUACUGUUGAAGAGCAUAAGGAAACUUCUAAUGCGAAUGGAGAUCUGAAAGACGGUUCAACACAUGAGAUUAUCAUUGAAGAGCAUAAGAAAACUUCUAAUGCAAAGGAAGAUCUUAAACCUUUGCAUAAUCUGAAAGAUCCCACUACUGCGAUUGAUGAGCUGAAAGAUGCUUCAUCAGAUGGGACUAAUGAUAAUAAUAUUUCUAAUGACCAAGAAUAUCUUGUUCUGAAAGUUCAGUCAAAUGCAGUUAACACAUCAUCUCAUGUGCUUGGCGAGAAUGAUACUGAAGAGCAUGUAGAAAAGAAAGAAGGUUAUACAGGUGAGGAAAUGAUGCAAGAAGAUAAGAUAAAGUCAAAGGAAAGGGCUAAACUGAAUGGCAGUGAUACUGAACAUGAGACAUUCACAGCAAUGGGAGAACAUCCAGAUGGGUUUAUUUUGCAUCUGAAUGAUGACACAAACAGUCUUGAUAUGGAAUUCAGUAAUGAGAAUGAUUGUGAUAUGAGUAGCAAUAAUGAUAUGAAGAUGCAAAAGAGUAAAAAGCAACCUAUGACACCAGAGGAGGCAAGCCUUGAAUAUAAUAUCCUUCAAGAAUUUGCUAAUGAUUCAUGCUCAGAUGAGGAUCAACCCAUGCCUGUUCAAGGUAAACAAACCUCAGAUUCUACUAUUGAUCCUUUUAGAUUAAUAAAAGACCAACAUGAUUUCAAAAUCCUUGAGCAGAAUUUAGUGGCCUCAAAUGAUGUUCUUGACACUUGUCAGUAUGAUUCAAAACAAACAAGUGCUGUUGAAACCACUAAAUUAGAUCUUAUUCUAUCAGAAACAGAGGACGAAGAGGAGGUAGGCCAACAAGAUGUAUCUGAAGCCAGAAGGGAGGAGGAUACACUUGUUGAGAAGAUUGAGACACAAUCCAUUCAGCGUUUGUCUCCCAAAAUUGGUGUAUCUCUCCCCAAAACAGUGACUGAAUCUACUAUUGAAAUGUUUGCUCCUCAAGAUUCGAAGAAUGACAAACCUUCAGAAUUGGAGAUAAACAGCAUGUGCUCUACUCCUACUCAAGAUGAAAUUCCUGAAAUAUGUUAUCCAGAAGUAAACAAAGAGUUGAGGGUAGAAGAUCUGGACAGAAAACUGUGCUUUCCUGACAAAACUGUAGCUCAUCACAAUGAUGUGUUGCCACUUGAAAGUCUUGAAAGCUCCCAAACUUGUGUUUCUACCCCUAAGCCAUUUUCUGAUCUGAUGGGACAUUAUGAAGAAACCCAUCAUGAUGAACCAAGGUGGAAGAUGAGCAAAUGCCCAGAAGCAGAGGCCUUUAAAGAUAAAUCUGAUUCAACUACUGAGGAUUCGUCCAGUGAGGACUCUUUCCAGUUAAGACACAAACUCUGUCCCAACUACCAUGAAAAAGAUAACAAGAAAUAUGACUUCCGACAGGGUGCAUCUCAAAAUGAUUCAGAACUAUUUUAUGGUCAUGAUAACGUAGAUGAUUAUUAUGACUAUUACCAUGGAACUGAUGAAGGUUUACAAUGGUAUGAUUACCAAACAGAGGAACCAGUUGUUCAUCCACGUGAAAGCGACUUUAGUGGUGACUAUGAGCCACCCACUUGUUCACAGCAAAUUGCAUCUGAAAGCGAGUAUUUUUAUAAGCACAAAAAGCGAGCAAGGAAGGAGAUGGAUGAGUAUUGUUGGGAGCCAAACUACAAAAUCGAGCCCAAAUAUCCAAUAAAGGUUACUUGUACUACUGACUAUGCAAAAAAGAAAAAGUCUAGAAAGAGUGAAUUUCGUCGACAUUCUGAAUGGGACGAUGAUGACACUUCCAAUAGUUUUGUGGACUACAGCAUCAGAAAAACUUCAAGCUCUGAAACUCAUCGAUCAGUGCCAAAUAGAAUCACCGUUAGUUCUCAACCAUCUUCCAGUAAGCAACAAUUUGACUGGCGGGCGUAUUUCAGAAGGGAGGCAACUUCCAAUCAGCUAUUAGAUGCAUGUGAAAGGGAUAACAAAUUUGAUGUCCCACCCUCAUCCAUUGUCACCGUUUUAGAUAGGAAAGGAUACCGCGUAACAUUCAGUAACUCUCCCACAGCCAAACCAUCUUUUGCUGCCGUCAGUGGAAGUAGUUCAAAUAAAACUUUCGAAGACUCUUUUAAUCGUUGGCAAGAACAACAGAGUAUGGCUGAUGGGACCCGGUCUACGGUUGAUUGCGAGUACCUCAUCUUCUCUGAUCAAAUGAAUCAGGUUCUUAAGGAUAGUAAGAGCCCUAUUAUUUCCACACCACGUUGUCGGACAAAUCCUGAAUCGUGUGGCAUGACUGUUCAAUUUUCAAAUCUCAGUGAAAAUGAAAGCACUGAUGAACUUAAAGCACAACCUUUUCUUUCGGAUUUUAAACUGAACGUGGACUUGUCCGAAAGGAAAGGGAUGAGGGAGUCUGUAAAAACCAGCAAACCACAUUUCCAAAAACUGUUCUGUGGAAAAGCCAAUAUCGAGGAGUUUGCAGGCAUUUCUGAAAUAACAGAGCAAUGUGCUGUUGCUUACAAGUCCAGGAUGAAAGAAGUCUGCAGUGGGAAGAAUCUUCCACCUCCAACCAAGGCACUCAAGAGGAAAUACAAUCGAGAGCGCACUGGCCAACAUCCUCGAUCUUCUGGUCGAAUCAAGAAAGAUGUUUUUGACAGUCCUCAAGAGAAUCUGAAGUCUGUUGUGAGGCAGGCAUCCAAGAAAAAAUACAGAUUCUAUAUUCAUGGAACGUCAACAGAUACUUUCUUUGAAGAAACCAAGAACCUGAUGGAGAGUGAGGGCCAUAUGCCAGUUGAGCCAGACAACUUCAACCUCGAUGGUGAGGAUCAACCUCUUCUCAUUAUACUGAGGAAUGAGGACAUUGCAGAACACAUAUGUGAGGUCCCUCAUUUACUGGAACUGAAGAAAUCGCCCAGUGUUCUAUUUGCUGGCAUCGACCGACCUGAUGACGUGGUGAACUGCACUCACCAAGAGCUUUUUGCUAAAGGAGGCUUUAUAAUGUGUGAUGAACUGGCUCUUAACGCACUCACUCUAGAUGACAUGAAGAAACUUGUGGGCAUCCUGGAGGAGUUAGACAAGCAAGGCAAAUGGAAAUGGUUUCUGCACUAUAGGGACAGCCGCAGGCUUCGGGAAAGCGCAAGGUCCAGUCCUGAGGCAAACAAGAAGCAACAGUUCAUUGAUUUUUGUCAGAAAGCUGGCGUAAUCGAGGUCUUGCCCUAUCACGACUGUGAUGUAAUAUCACGGGAACGACCGGACUACUUCUUCUGUCUGACUCGUCUCCAGAUUCAAAACGCCUCUGUACGGUUUCCAGUGUUCAUUACAGAAACACCAAGUGAAGCUUUUGGUACCAAUGGGAUUUUAAGCAUGAACAUUUACACAUUCACACGCAUCCUUUCAAAUGAUACCUGUUCUGUGUCAUGAAUUAUGUUGUUGUUUUUUAAUCAAAUCACAUUUCUUACCAUUGGUAAGUACACUUUUGUUCAGAAAAAAUAAUUUAUUGUUUAUCGUAAAUAUUUAACCAUAUAUCUUCAACGCACAUGUAAUUUCUCACAAUCGAUAAGCUUUCCAGUGAGAGCUUUACUGUUUGUAAUAAACUAAAAGUGUAAAUGUAGGUCAUGGAAAUAUUUUAGAAAGUUUUAACCUAACUUAGCUUUUUAUAGAUGAAAUUGACUGAAACUCUAAUAAAUGACCUGAUUUAGUAUUCAUUGUUGUUCAUCUUUCUGCUUUGUGAAAACAUUCAGUAUUGUUUUAGCUGUUGCAUCCAUUGUGUUGUUUAUUUGUAGAGUGUUUUCACAUUGCAUCUGUGUACAAACUUAAAACUUCAAAUUUAUUGAGUCAUUUGUGAGAUAUGACUGGAACUUCUGUAUAAUUACUAUACAUUUGUUUCUCUAACAAGAUUUAAAUGCAGAUAAAAGAUCCUGAUUUGUUAUAUUUCACAAUAUGAUUAUAAGUUCAUUUGUUGGUCUGGUUUACACUAUUUUGUAAAAGUCUGUAAUAGUUCCACACUGUGUUUGAUAUAUUCUGACUUGCUGCUGUUUAAAAAGAGUUAAGCAUUACUGGAUGGAAAAGAAAUCACAACUACUAUAUACUUUCCUACAGUUUAUAUAAGAUUUAUUUUUACAUAAAUUAGACGAGACCAUUA